AUGUUUUUGCUGGUGUGUGAGAUUCUUGGGGUAGUAUGGAACACUGCGACCGCACCCCGUGGUCGGCCCUCAGCCGCCGCAGCCGCCUCCCCCGAUUCGGGAAGCCUUCUCGGGGUGUACGGCUUCCCCUGCUUUUGUACAUUGACGGAAAAUGUUUGGUUGGGAUCUCGUUGGUUUAUCCCCAAUCCGUUUGGCCCCAAUCCGUUGCGAAAUUCGGGUACUGGUACCGAGCUCAAUUCGCUGCCGGCAGCAGCAGCCGCCGCGGCCAUCGCAAGGCGGCCGCUGGUCAUCGCAGCCGCGGCCGUACGAACCUUGGAAGAGCCCCCUGCCGCCGCCGCCACCCCCGCCGCCACCGAUCUGCCCGAGCUGCGGCCCCAGGGCGCCACCGUCCUGGACGCCGAGCCCUCCACUUCCUCCCCCUCCUCCUCCAUCUCCGCCACCACCAUCUCCACGACGGGAUCCGGAUCCAGCAGCUCCAAGUCCGCCGUCUCUGGAUCCAAGUGGAUUAUUGACGAGAACGAGAACCUCAAAUCGACACCGGAGAUGCGCGCCUGGACCUGGGUGUCCAUUGCCAUGAUUGCCGCCACGCUGCAGCAGGCGACCAAGCAGGUCGAGAGUGUGGAAGACAUGGUGGUGUUUGGAGGUGCCGUACUGCUAGCCUACAUUCUUUCGGACCUGGGCACGGGCAUCUACCACUGGGGGGUGGACAACUACGGCGACGGCAACACGCCCGUGUUCGGUCGCCAGAUCGCCGCCUUCCAAGGGCACCACCAGCGGCCCUGGACCAUCACUCAGCGCGAGUUCGCCAACAACCUGCACCAGGUGUUCGGUCCGGCCUCCUACGCCGCCGCUGCGCUGUUGUCGUUGAGUCCCGUGAUGCCGCUGGGCUGGAACGCCUGGUCCUCGUCCUUCCUGUUCCUGGUUUGCAUGAGUCAGCAGUUCCAUGCGUGGAGCCACAUGAAGAAGAGCGAGCUGCCGCCGGCGGUGGUGGCGCUGCAGGACAGCGGGCUGCUGAUCGGUCGCCGUAUGCACGGGGCCCACCACAAGGCCCCGUUUGAGGGCAACUACUGCAUCGUCAGCGGUUGGUGGAACCCGCUACUGGACUCCUCGGGCUUCUUCCGGGCGCUGGAGAAGCUCAUCCACGAUCGUACUGGCGUGGCGCCCCGCUGCUGGGAGGAUCCCCUGGAGGAGUGGAAGGAGCUCGAACAGCCCUCGGGGUUGGUGCCGGCAUCGGAGUGA